AUGAAAGGAAGAACUUCUUUUAAGUGCCCACAUUUAGAUCUUUCUGUUGAAGAAGCUGAGGAAAAUAAUUAUAAAUACAUGUGGAUAUUAACAGAUCCAGAUGAAUUUCCAAUGUUUCAACCUAGUGUAUGUACAGCCGACUGUAAAGAAAAAAAUGGUAAAAAUAAUUGA